AUGUGGUUCCUUGGUUUCUCCACGUCGAAUCGACGAAGCUAUUUGGCCAUGGACGCGAUAGCAAUGGUGAUAAUCCUCACCGCCAUUGUACGAAAAUGGGCCAUCUACCUCGAGUCCAAUGAUCGCGACCGCAGACCUUCGAGCAAGAUUGGUGAUAAGAGCAAUCCAGAUCACUCGAUACAAGUGAUCAAUCACAAGACAAGAGUUGCUUCGUCGAUAAUUAGGACGUACGCCCUCGAGGAGCUCAAGGUGGCCACGAGCGAUUUUAGGAUUAGGAUUGGGGUCGGGGCCACGUCCUAUGUGUACCUCGCUGAGCUUGGAGACGGAAGAUUCGGAGCCGUGAAGCGCGUCUUGGCAGAGAGAGGCGGCAGCCAGAAGAUGUUUCUUGAUGAGGUCUCGGUUUUGCUAAGGAUUUCUCAUCCUAAUCUCGUUGGCUUGCUUGGAUUCUGUCUCGACAAAGGGGAGCAACUGCUACUUCUCGAAUACGUCCCAAACAAAAGCCUAUUCGACCGUAUGCACACGCGGCAGGGCCACUACUCGGGCACGCUGAAAUGGCGCAAUCGCAUUAGUGUCGCGCUGGACAUUGCGUACGCCCUCGAUUAUCUCCACUCAGUGGCCGACCCCCCUGUCAUACACCGCGACAUUAAGUCGUCCAAUGUGCUCCUCAUCAAUGACGACCAUGCCAAGCUUGCAGACUUCGGCCUCUGCAAGCUUGGCAGUCACGCCCAGAGGGCCCACACCCCGAUAGCAGUCAAGGGCUCCCUGGGCUACAUCGACACUAUUUACCUAGACACGGGGAUAGUGUCCCCAAAGAGCGACGUCUACAGCUUUGGAGUCUUGCUCCUGGAGCUCAUCACGGGGAUGAAGUCGCUCCAGGGCUCGUCCACGCUGGCUGAGUGGACGGAGGAGUACCGGAAGAGCGAUGACGUGGAGGUCUUGGUCAAAAUGUUGGACCCUAAGCUCAAACUUGGUGAUGUUAAUGUUGAGCAGCUCAAAUUAUUGGUGGAUGUUGCAAAUGUAGCUCUGCUUGAGGAUUGUGAAGCAAGGCCAGAUAUGACACAAAUUGCUUACAGAAUUUCAACUUGCUUGGAAAUUCAACCUCAAUUGCAACCUGAGUUGCCAGUUUAGGUUUUGUGCACAUGUAUAUAGAAAAAUAUUUAGGAAUGAGUGUUUGUAGAUGUAUAGCUUUUUUCCUUUUGGAGA